AUGCCUUCUUCUGACGAAGCUUCGGCUCACCAAAAUGAAUCCGCCCAAGCGCGUCCAAAGCGGAAACUCCCGCCAUGGCUGGACCACUUCAACGCCCGCGACAUGAAGAUCUUUCUUCGAUGCUGGAUCGCAAUAUGGGUUAUGAUGCUCCUCAUUUUCAUCCACCCCAGUCUCGUUGAAAUCGGCCAAGCGACAUUCCUCGGUGCAAUUCUUCUCUUUGCAGUUCCACCAGCUAGUAUUUUAUUCAUUUACUUACUCGCCGCGUUUUCUCUAUUGUUGGGAAUGUGUCUUGCUUGGUGUUGGGGUCUUUUGACGAUGAAAGCGGCGCUUGCGACACGCUCUGAUGCUGAGACGCAGGCUAAGCUUCAGGCGCUGCAGCAGCAGGCUGAGGAGAUUGCGAAGACCACGGGACAAGCGCCGGCGUGGGAGGCGCAGGUGUUGAUUCAUAACGGUUUCAUGCUUGAUGCGAGUGUCACGGCUGUGUAUUUCAGUAUGGGCUGUUUGUUCAUCUAUGUUUUGGCACGACUGCGGUGCGCGAAUCCGAAGCUUGUUCUCAUGCAGAUCUUUGGAACGAUUGUUAUCGAUAUCUUUAUCCUCUUUGGCCCGACACUUCCGAAAUUUCAAGGCGAUCUCGCCGCGAUUAUCGUCAAACCUGGAGCCAUUGGAAUCGGUCUGGGCUUAGCAUGCUGCCUGUUGCUCUUCCCCCAGUCAACAUCGUACAUGGUCCUUGAUCAGAUUGAGAAGCUAGUCCGCAUGUCCAAUUCAGCUCUGUCUGCCACGAAGAGGCGAUUUGCUGAUGAGACCAUCCCGCUUGCUGAGCUUCAAGGAAGCAGGGUUGGUAUGAUCGCUAUCUUCAAGGCCGGACAGCCAGCACUCGCAUUUCUGCCGAUUGACUUUUCGCGUGGUCGAUGGAACGCAGAUGAUGUUAAGGGUUUGCACCAAAGGGCGCGCAAAGUCAUGUUUUCCAGUCUUUAUCUUCUCGAUUUUCAAAUUGCGCAAAUUCGCGGGAAGCAGAAGGAAGAGGAACAUAUCAAGGCUCAAGAAGAUGGACGAAUUGGCCCAGCAACGGACAAGGAGAAAUACGAGAUUGGUCAACAUCAUCGGCACGAAAAUGCCACGAUUUUGAGUGCUUUCCAAAGGCCUGAAGGAUCCGAGGUACGCUCCAGGACGAGGAAUACGCUUCGGGAUACGACAUCAGACCUGCUGGAGAUCGGACCGCAAGCUAUAAAUCUUGCAGCAGAUUAUAUCCAUGCUGUCAAUUCCUGCCGAUGGAUGGGAAAGCCAUCACCAGUACAGUGGGAGGAGCUGAAUCGAAACCUUCACGAUACUUUGGCAAGGUCCCGGCAGGCGAGGGAGGCAUGCGUGAUCAACACAACAAGGGGUGUUCUCGAGGCGCACGCAGAACUGUUCGACGAAAGUGGCCACCUCAAACCAAUGGAGGGAACUGAUCGACCAUUUUUGCCCAGCAUGGUAAUAGCCAUGGUUAUCGAGGAACGAAUUCUGAACAUGGCCAUUGCAACUGAGAAGCUACUAGAGUACAUACUCCACCUCUCCGAAAAGCGAACAAGUCAUCGCAUAUGGGUUCCUUCACGGUUACAAUAUGCCUUGGCCUGGAUAUUCCACGGACAAAUUACCUUUCCAGGUUACGACAUUUCAACAGAGGAGGAUCCCGAUCAAAUGAUGGACACUGAGACUUUCGAUGAGCAAACGAAGGAAACGAAACGAAGACUAGAUAUCAGUCGAGGAUAUAAAGGCUCUUCCGCCCAAAGGAGUAAAAUUGGACGUGUAUUCAUCUCGACGUACAACUGGUUGGUCAACCCUUCUGGUAUGUAUGCUUUGAGAAUGGUUGUGGUUACGAUCGCUACAUCAAUACCGGCAGUGCUCCCCAGUACAGCUGGCUUCUUCUACCGAGAGAAGGGUAUCUGGGCUGUUAUCAGUGCUCAAACAGUUAUGCUCGUAUAUCUGGCUGAUUUUAUCUUUUCGCUCAUCGCGCGUACGAUCGGAACUAUUGUCGGAGGAGCCAUGGGUAUGGUUGCUUGGUAUAUCGGUGCUGGGAGUGGUGUUGGCAAUCCAUACGGCAUGGCAGCUUCAACUGGCGUCAUGAUCAUUCCUAUGCUCUGGUGGCGCCUCUAUCUUCCCCCAUCAUUCGCAUUUGCUACCAUCAUGGGCGGAGCUACCUUUUGCCUUGUUCUUGGCUUCAGUUGGGAUCACGAUCAUAUUAUCCAGUAUGGUCUUCCCGGUAAAGGCUACGAAGCAUUCUGGAAGCGAGUCGUCACAGUUUUGAUUGGCUUCGUCGCUGCGUUUGUCGUGCAAUUAUUCCCAAGUCCACCAUCUGGAACUACGCACGUCUGCAAGAUUCUCGCAAACUCGGUGCGAAGUCUAUCAGAUCACUACGCUCUUCUGAUUUCUCACUGGGGUCGGACGGACAGAAACCAUGCCCUGGGUGCAGUCGCGGAGCAUAUCUCGAUUGAAGUUGCAGAGAUACUACUCGCCGUGAGUCCUUCUAUCGCGUUGCUGAAAGGCGAAUUGAGCUUCGGGCCAUUCGAUCAAAAGGUUCUUGCACAAACGAAGGAGCAGCUACAGUACAUGAACCAAGCACUUGGCGGUCUUCUCAACCUCGCAUCUACCCUACCAAAAGAGAUGCAAGAUCGCCUCAUUCGCGUUGCGAACAUCCUCGAUGAACGAUCCAUCGGAGAUGUCAUGGCUGUUCUCGGCAUCAUUGAACAGGCUCUACGAACAGGAUCGCCUCUUCCAGAACGACUGCCAGCACCACUUGUUCGACGCGCCAUUGAUUCAUUUUAUGCUUCAAAAAGUGAAGUGCUUUUAACAACCACGCUAGUCGCAGAUGAAGACCAUCGACGGUACUGCGUCGCCGUAACGCUGUAUCUCAAAUUCCUGGGAAGCAUCGAUGAUUUGCUGAUUGUACUCAAGACAGCGCUAGGAGAGAGGCAUAUCAUUUAUCAGUGGGACGAUGUCAAGGAUAUUGCAUGAGUCGUUCAUCCUUCAGACCAAUAACACUGUUCUCAGACCGAGCUCUAUACUGCAUGAAUCAGAUUGGGCCACUAUU